AUGGCGGACGAUCUUGAUGCCGAGCUGCUCGCUCUAGCGGGCGACUCCUCUGACGAGGAGUCAUCACCUCCUCCCAAGCAGAAAUCUGAAUCUCCUGCUCGUUCGGCUUCUCCAUCAUCAGCCAUGGCGCGGAAAGGAACGGCUAAACCGAUUAAAAGGAGCAAGAAGUCGCGUAAUGAUGACGAGGGCGAUGAGGAGGAUGGCGAAGUGUCUGACGCUGGAUCUCACCAUUCACUCGAGUCCGCCAGCAUGUCCGAAUCUGACGCCGCCUCCGAUUCUGAGGGAGCAAGUGAGGAUGCUGAAGACGAUCGCCCUAUCUUUCCUUACGAAAAACUCUACUACUCCGCCAAAGACAAAGAGGAAAUCAUGGCGUUGCCAGAAAUCCAGCGUGAACAGAUCCUCUCUGAACGAGCGCAAGAGGUCGACCGACGCAACCAGGACCUGGCCCUUCGUCGUCUCUUAGCAUCUCGUGAACGUGAUGAGGCCCGGCGGGUAAAGAAGUCCAAGCGAAAGGCAAGCGUGGCGGAUCUGGAAGAAGGCCAGCGCAAGAGCUCACGGCAGAAGACCACACUUGGCGGGCGCAAAGUUGGCGAGGCUUCUGAGGCUAUUGAGGCAUACAAGCGUCAGCGUGAGAAGAAGGGCAAGCGCGAUGAGCUUCGUCGUCGUGAUAUGGCUGCUGGUGAAGCAGCUCCAACAAAGGACGAAGCACCGUCGGACAAGGAUGCUGAAGGGGAAAGCGAGGUCGAGUGGGAUAAUCGCGAGCGCUCCCCGUCUCCCCCCAAGGAUGACCCGCCUGCGGACCUUCGUGAUAUUCAACGCGCUCGCGUGGGACGUACCAAUUUCGCACAAGUUUGCUUCUAUCCUGGAUUCGACGAAGCCAUUUCCGGAUGCUAUGCUCGAGUAAAUAUCGGACCGAACAGAGAUACUGGUAUCAACGAAUAUCGUCUAUGUUUGAUCAAGAGAUUCACAGAGGGACGACCUUACGCCAUGGAAAGCCCGAACGGUCGGUCGUUUGUGACAAACCAGUACGCUGUUUUGGCGCAUGGGAAAGCAGAGCGCGAAUUCCCUUUCAUAGCUUGCUCUGAUUCACCCUUUACCGAGGCGGAAUUCAGUCGCUACCGCCAGACCAUGGCAGUUGAAGAUUGCAAGAUGGCCACCAAAUCAAUGCUUGCCAAGAAAGUAGCAGACAUUAACCGUUUAAUCAACCACCAGUUCACCAAGGAAGAACUGAAUGAGAAGUUGCGCAAACAAGGCUCACUGGAUAACAAGAUGCGCACCUUUAAGCGCCUUGAAACCGAAAAGCAGUUGAAGUUGGCCAGAGCUGCUGGUGACGAUGAGGAGGUGUCGCGAUUGGAGAAGGAGCUGGCGGAGAUGACGGGACCAAAGCUCGCUUUCAGCACCCAACCAUCGAAACCUCGCACGGAGAAGUCGGAUUAUGAGCGUCUCGCCGAAUUGAACCUGCGCAAUCAGAAACUGAACACCGAGAGUGUGCGUCGUGCACAGCUCGAGGAGAGAAAGGCGAGUCGGAAAGCCGCUGCAGCAGUCGCUCGUGGUGAAGCUCAAGCCAAUCCGUUCAUGCGUGUUCGAACCCUUGCCAAGACCCAUUACGAUGCCAACGGGAAUAGCCUGAUACCGGACUCAACUGCCAGCCGUGGCGGGACUCCUGGGACAGGGUCUGACACUCCGUCCAAGGCCAGUACGCCUAAGCCGGCCGUCUCUACACAGAAGAAGCAGUCGAAGGGUGGGAUUGCCUCGAUCCGUCACCGCAAUAUGGAUGACGAGAAUAUUGCGGCCCUGGAUUUAGAGCUGGAUAUUGAAAUUUGA